UUCAAUUAUUUUGUCGGAUCACGUGGUUGUCUCAAAAUGGCUGCUCCUCCACCUGGUAGUAAUCCUUAUAUUCAACCCCCUGGAGCUGUCCCUGGAUUUCCAUUGACUGGUGUGAGGCCUCCACUAAUACCAGUCGGUCCUCCUCUAAUGAUGCCAAUGGGGUCCAUGCCUGCAGUCCCUGGAUUACAGCCAGCCCCUGGAGGGGUAGCAAUAAGCUCAGGGCCUGAACUUGUCUCAAAACCUUAUCAAAAACCCAUUUCUGUGAGUGAAAUGAAAGUAGCCACAACAGUUUUUGUUGGUAAUAUCACUGACAAAGCAACCGAUUCACUUGUGAGGCAGAUACUCCUGCGUUGUGGCUACAUUGUCGGUUGGAAGAGAGUACAAAACGCCUCAGGAAAAUUGCAAGCCUUUGGUUUUUGUGAAUAUUCUGAUCCCGAGUGCACCCUAAGAGCCCUAAGACUGUUGAAUGGCUUUGAGUUAGGAGAUAAGAAAUUAGUGAUUAAAGUUGACAGUAAUAAUCGUAAGGAAUUAUUGAAGUAUCUCAUGAAAAAGAAAAUGACCAAAAACAACGAAGAGUUUAAUGAUCAAAUAUUAGAGAGAGAAGUUGAUAAAAUUGUAUUAAAAGGAGAAGCAGAGACACUCGAAGAAGACAUUGACAAGGAAACCAAAGAAGAAGAUGGGAAAGUGAUGUCAGCCAUAAAUGGUUUAAUAAAAGAGAACAUCAGCACUUUAUUAGGAAGCAAGACAUCAGACGAUUUUCGCCGUGAAAAGGACGUCCACGAGUCACUGGUUGCUAUGGCAAUACAAUCUGGUCGUGUCGAUGAAGAUUCGACCCUGGAUGAUGUUGACAUGGAGGACGGAAUGAAGACUUUAGUCUCUGAUGAAAUUAAAAGAUUCCGACAAUCCUACCAGAAUUACGAGGAGAAGCAAGCUGAAGCUCGUAUGAAGCGACAUCAAGCGAAACAAGAUGAGAAAAAGAAGGAAGAAAAGUCAGGGAGGAAGCGUUCACGAAGCCGAAGUCCUGGCAAGAAAUCCAGCAGACCGAAAAGUCCUAAGAAACCACGGAGCAGGUCCCAGGAGAGGAGAGACAGAGAGAAAGAGAGAGAAUUGAGGAGGAAAGAAGAGAAAGAGCGAUUAGCUAAGGAGGAAGAAGAAUAUGAACAGAAACUGAUGGAGAGGAAGAGAGCGGAGAGAGAGAAAGCUUUCAAAGAUAGGCUAAGACAGUGGGAGCACAGAGAAAAAAGGCGUGCCCUUGACUAUCAGUACGAGAGAGAGGAGGAGGAGACAAAACGACUCAAACUGGAUAAGGAAAGGAAGAGAAUGAUUGAAUUCUUUGAAGAUUAUGAUGAUGAGAAGCAAGACUAUAGAUACUAUAAAGGAAGUGAAUUUACUCGGCGUCACGAUGACCGUGUAUUAGAAAUGGAAGAGGAUGAGUAUGACAGGAAGAAGGAGAGAGAUGAGUUGGAGGCUCUUCGACUUGAAGUGAUGGAGAGACAGAUCAGGGAGAGAGAGGAAGAGCAAGAGAGAAAGAGACGCGAGGAGGAAGAAGAGAGAUUUAAGAGGCAGCAGGAGGUGAAUGUGAAAGAGGAGUCGUCAGCUGUGGAUCAUGAUAAUCUUCCAAUCUCAAAGCAAGGCAAUAAAUCAUAUGCAGCAACGAUACAGGUUCAGUUAGCUCCACCCACUGGUAGACCCAAGCCUGAGCUAAAAUCAAAUCCCAACGAUCAGACGGACAUCGACUCUCCUCCAGUUGAAGAAAAGAAAACAGAAGAUGACGAAGAAGAAGAUGAAGAGAAAAAGAGAGCCAAGUUAACAUUUGGACUAAGCAAGAAACAGCCAUCAACGGCGGCAGCCCGAGCAUCACUAGAAGGAAUAUUUGGAGGAGAAGAUGAAGGAGACGCCGUCAAACCGAAAAAGAAACUCUACUCUCUCAUGUCUAGCUCUAACAGCGCUCACAUAGCAGCUGCCAUGGCCGUUGUACCUACCAACGGGAAAAUGAGCAGUGAGAACAGAAAGAAACUGGUACAGUCUCUCGUCAAUUCAAUACCUUCGAGACGAGAAGAGCUUUUCAACUGGGACCUCAAAUGGAACUAUAUUGAUAAGACUCUAAUGGAGAAGAGAGUGAGCCCUUGGAUUAACAAGAAGAUAGUCGAGUAUAUUGGGGAGCCUGAGCCAACCCUGACAGAAUUCAUAUGCAACAAGUUGGCAGAACAGGUUCCUGCUGAUGGAAUACUCAAUGAUAUAGCAAUGGUACUUGAUGAUGAAGCUGAAGUGUUUGUGUUGAAACUAUGGCGACUGCUGAUUUACGAAACUGAAGCAAGACAUCUUGGAAUAGCUAAGAACUAUUGAGAUGUUGUACAUGUAAAUAUUACACACAGUCUGCUUUUCUUCUCUCUUGUUUUUCAAUCAUUUUUUGUUCGAUAAUUAUUAUUAAUUAUUAUUAUUAUUAAUACACAGAUGCAAAACAAACUUUUCUCGCUCUCCCCUCCUCCUCCUUUCUCUAUUUCUAUUUAAUUUUAAAUUAUUAAUUAUGAUACUGUGUAAUUAUAAUUAUAAUGGUUGAGGUGUUCAUAUUUUAGGGGGUCCUGUCC